AACUAUAUAAUAGUGGAACAAAACUUAAAUUAUAUUGUGAUAUGUAAAAGUAAAUAAUCGUCGCGUAAUUUAUCCCUAAAAAUAUUUCUAAAUAGGUCUACAAGUUAUAAUUCAUGUUGUGAAAAUGUUAAAAUACGUCGUACUGAUCGCUUGCUUCUUUUUAAAAAUAUUAUACGCUGAUUUUAGCUAUGAUCUAUCAAUAGUACAUCCAAGAUUGAAUAUUUUAGACAGCAGUGUUCCAUAUCCAAAAGUCUGUUUUGAAAUUUUGAAUGCCUUUGCUGAGUCUGCAUCCAAUUUCACAUUUUGCUCCUUAAUUAAUGCAAGGCCUAUAAGAUUAUGUGAAAAUUGUGAACAACACUAUGUCAGGUUUCAUGAUAAGUACAAAGAAUUGAAGGAUACUGCUGUUAAUGGAACAUCAUGUAGUUCUUUGUUAAUGUCACAAGAUAGAUUAAAUGUAAUUCAACACUAUCAUGACAGUAUACUGGGCAUAUGGGAUAAAGGAAAUUGUAAUGAUUGCUUUGUUUGGUCAAACGAAACUGCUACAGUUAAAAACAGUACAACAAGGUUUUACAAACUUUUUAAUGCUACAAUGGAGUGUAUAGUAUUAAACAUGGCCAGUGAAAAAACUAUAGUAUGUGAGAAAUGUAUGCAGAAUUACUUACAAUUGGAUGAGUUUUAUAAAACAUUAAGUAAAGACAAAAUUGGUGUUGAUUGUAUUUGUAUGGAUAUUGUGGAUUCGAUGAAUGCAACAAGAUCAAUAUGGAGUAAAACCCUUGAGUGCUGUGUUUUAAGAAAAACACCUGAAGUUGUAUUUCUGCUUUGUACAGGGUUAAUUAGUUUCCUUCCAAUACUGUUUUAUAUUACUGUUAGAUUUUGUGGACCAAUUAGAGAUCUACCAAAUAUCUUAAAACAAUCAAGAUUUAAGCAGACAAUAUUGAGAUCAAUUGAUAAUAGUAGAAUCAGUUAAAGUACACUCAACAAGAUGUAAAAGACAAUGUACUCCUAGAACAGCAGUAACUGACACAGAAACUAAAAUAUGUUAUUUCUUCAUAAAACUGAUAAAUAUAUAUUUUUAUCUAUAUCUA